AUGGCAUUGAACCAGUACCAUGCGCCGGUGGACUAUGCCGCCCAACUGGAGGCCUUCAAGGAUUUCUUGAAGCACUUCAAGACCAUCCAAUCUUCUUCGGAGGCCGCUGCGACCGAGGCCCUGGAGGACCUCCACAUCGAUGGCAAUCGCACCAGCGACGAAUACGAUUUCAUGGAUGAUGCAGACGAGACCAGUGUACCAAGGAGGCAGCGGGAACCGAAGCUCAAGUAUAUGCAGAUCUUGCAGGAUGUUGCGAACCGCGAAAAAAAUCAAAUUCUGAUCGAGCUGGAUGACCUGGAAAUUUAUGAAAGAUCUAUUCCUGAGGAGCAGCAGGUCAAGCUCGUGGAAUCCAUCCAGAAGAACACCAAGCGCUACAUUGAUGUUGUUUCGCAGGCUGUGGACGCGGUGAUGCCCAAGGAGACCAAGGAUUUUACAUACAAGGACGAUGUGCUAGAUGUUAUCAUGUCCCAGCGCUCAAAGCGCAACGAGUCCCUGGAGACCAGUGCCGAGAUUGAUGAUAAUGCCGACAUUUCGAGCAUCAGUGAGAAAAGCGGAAAGGCUCUUGCGGUGCGCGAUGUGCGCGGAGAGCAUCUUGGUAGCUUGAUCACAGUUCGUGGCAUCACCACUCGCGUCUCCGAUGUGAAGCCCGCGGUUCAGAUCAACGCCUACACCUGCGACCGAUGUGGAUCCGAGAUCUUUCAACCCGUUACCACCAAGCAAUUCAUGCCUCUCACAGAAUGUCUUUCGGAGGACUGCAAAAAGAACAACACCAAGGGUCAGCUUUUCCUGUCCACUCGCGCUUCGAAGUUCGUUCCCUUCCAGGAGGUCAAGAUCCAGGAGAUGGCCGAUCAAGUGCCCGUAGGCCACAUCCCUCGGACUUUAACUGUGAAUUGCCAUGGUGCUCUUACUCGCCAACUGAAUCCCGGUGAUGUCGUGGAUAUCGGCGGUAUCUUCUUGCCCACCCCUUACACUGGUUUCCGUGCUAUUCGCGCCGGUCUCCUGACCGACACCUACCUCGAGGCUCAGCACAUCACUCAGCACAAGAAGUCGUAUCAGGAUAUGGGCAUGGAUGCUCGGACGCUGCGUAAGAUUGAACAAUACCAGAACUCAGGCAACAUGUAUGAGUAUCUUUCACGGUCUAUCGCUCCCGAAAUUUAUGGCCAUUUGGAUGUCAAGAAGGCACUCCUUUUGCUCUUGAUCGGUGGUGUUACUAAGGAAAUGGGUGAUGGUAUGCACAUUCGUGGUGAUAUCAAUAUCUGCCUUAUGGGUGACCCUGGUGUGGCCAAAUCCCAAUUGCUUCGUUACAUCACCAAGGUUGCCCCUCGGGGUGUCUACACCACUGGACGCGGUAGCAGUGGCGUUGGUCUUACCGCAGCAGUCAUGAGAGAUCCAGUCACCGACGAGAUGAUGCUGGAGGGAGGUGCAUUGGUACUCGCAGACAACGGUAUCUGCUGUAUUGAUGAAUUCGACAAGAUGGAGGACGCAGACCGAACUGCCAUUCACGAAGUCAUGGAACAGCAGACCAUCUCCAUCUCCAAGGCCGGCAUUACCACCACUCUCAACGCCCGUACUUCUAUCCUCGCCGCUGCCAACCCGCUUUAUGGCCGUUACAACCCCCGCAUCUCCCCCCACGUUACCUACGUUCACAUGCACAACAAACACCCCGAGAACGAGGACGCUGGUGUCAUGUUCACCCCUCACGAAGUCCGCCAAUACGUCGCCAAGGCUCGUACUUACCGCCCAACGGUUCCUUCCAGCGUCUCCGACUACAUGGUGGGCGCCUAUGUCUCUAUGCGUAAGCGACAGAAGAAGGACGAGGCCAAGAAGAAGCAAUUUUCCCACGUCACCCCGCGUACCUUGCUUGGCAUUGUCCGUCUCUCACAGGCUCUUGCUCGUCUGCGUUUCAGCGAUGAGGUGGUUCGUGAGGAUGUGGAUGAGGCCCUCCGCCUCAUCGAAGUCAGCAAAGCUUCCUUAUACAAUGAUGGCGAGUCGGGCGCCGACAGCACUCCUACCAGCAAGAUCUACGCUUUGAUUCGGAGCUUGUACGAGAGCGGUGCUGCUGCCGUGGGUGAUGGCGAGGACAACGAAAUGAGCAUGCGCCGCAUUCGCGAGCGGGUGCUGGCGCGGGGUUUCACCGAAGACCAACUCACCACUUGUAUUCACGAGUACGAGGAAGCCUAUGUCUUGCAAGUCACUGGCAAUGGCUCCCGCCUCAUUUUUGUUAACGCUGAUGAUGAGAUGCAAAGUUAA